CGCGCAGAGGGUUGAUUAGUCCUGCAAAGCCAAUUAUCCUCAAGAGGAACUUUAGUGCCACCUCGACCACACACACUGUUACAUCAUCUUAUGGUGAGAGAGUGACUAUAAAAGAGAGCUUAGCAAUCAGUCGGUAUCUGCAGUCAGUGGAACAAAAUCUGCUGAAAUGUGGACUACGCUACUUUUUGCAGGUGCAGCUCUGCUUGCAGCAGUAACAUCUCCAGCUGAAAGUAACCCAACCUAUCAAGAGAAAGGAGAUUGCGAGGCAACACACGAGCAUCUGUACAAGUACACUGCCAAGGAGGAAUACUUUGGAGACGAAUAUGCUCAAACGUUUGAGAUAACCAUGCACUUCAAAGUUUACUGCUUAUCUGUUGGAAUGUACGGAGACAAGCGAGCGAAAGAGUAUGAGUUAAAUGUCACCAAGGCAGAAGUUGGCGGAACCAUACUGGACAGGGAGGAAACUGAGGAACAACAAGCACAGCAAGAUUACAAUGUCCUUCUGCAAGGAUGGUUCCACUUUGUUCAGACGGAAGAUGGAUCAAUUCCAAUCAUCCGUCAUUCUAUAGAGGAAGAUGGAGAGGUUAUCAACACGAAAAAGGCAAUUGUUGCAACGUUCCAGGCAAACUUCGUGGGAACAGAACAAAAGGAAGAAGCUGAUCCCCAGUCAAUGCAUACAUCUCACUACACGUACGAGGCAAGUGCACAAGAUGUGGAAAAUGGCGUUCUUCGAAUGCAUCGCACGGUAAAUUCGGAUGAUGUUACAGGCUACACCUCUCAUGUACCUGGAGCAGAGGUAGAAUUGAGAAAAAGAGAGGACAUUACAUACAAAAGGGGAACUCUCUAUCGUGCAGGUGGAACAACAAUUGUAAAACUCUUGGGCAAGGUAUAGUUAGCUCCAAAAGACGAUGUAGAGGAGGAUAAUCUCGAGGCAAUGACAAGAGGGAAGAGGCACGAUGCAUCAGAAAUGACUUCUGCUGGUGACCCUGAUGAAAUCAAAUCUUUCAAUCCUGAUAUAAAGACAAAUCACUAUGAGUCAAAAGGGACAUACACAUGUGAGCUGGUGGGUGAGCAACGUCGUCUUCUGCGUCGGAGGAGAAGUGACAACAGCAUCAGACUAGGGGAACAUGUGGAAAACUCGCUCUUGGCAUUCAUAAAUAAAACUCGCAAAGCAAUGGAGAAGAUGUUUGAUUUACGUCAUGAACUUGGGGGCGACGUGAAACAUUCGUUGGUGGAGCUACACAAAAACACAAACAACACUGAGAUCGCGCACAAGAUUGAAAGUCUGGUGAAGCUAGAAGCAGAGUAUGGACCACUACCACAAUAUUCCCCAGCCAUUGACGAUGUAUUGGAUUGUCUGAAAGAGCUUCAUGGAUCAAUUGUCCGCAAGGACAUCAAGAUGAGGUUACUUCUAUACUUCAUCAUCAGUCCUGAAGGAAGUCUAAGAUCACAAAUGGCUCUGCUGAAUGCCCUGGAAACUGCAGCCAAUGACGAUGAAUUGGAAGCCAUUGUCAUGUACAUAGCCAUGCUGGCUAAUCCGCAGCCUCAAAUGGUCAACGAACUCGAGAAACUCAUAUCGUCUGACGUUCACUCCACUGACCAACUCCUCUUGGCUUACGGCGUCAUCAUUCCCAAAACCUCUCCAGAACUCCACCAGCGAAUGGUUCUCUUUCUCGUCGAUCGACUCCCAGAGGCCGAGACGAAUACCACGUCACUCCUUCACCACAUUCUCUCUCUCGGAAACUCUGGCUCCCCCAGCAUCUCCAGCUACCUCAUUGACUAUCUCAACCACCCGGAGAGCAACGUUCAACUGACAGCCAUUCUCGCUAUGAGGUUUCUAAUGCGUGAGCCUUCCAUCCAGAAAUCUCUGAAAGACCUACUCGCAAAGCCACACGUGAACGAAGAUCACCUGACUGUGAUAGCCAAGUCUCUAGUGUAUGGAUGUGAACGAGCAAAGAUUAACUUUGAGGAAGCUCCUUUCUCCAACGACUUUGCUGAGGCUCUAGUAGCACUAGCUAUGAACAUUCCCAAUGAAGAACUGCACUCAGCUCUUUCUGAAUAUUUGAAAGGUGUCAACACACCAGAGUCCAUCGAACUACUUCAGAUCUUAAAGUUUCACCGAAAUCCAGAUUUUUUCGAAGACAAAACAAACACAACACGCUUCCGAAGAGGAUCGAAAUGGGAUAAAAGCAAUCCAGACUACGACAUUGUUUCACCGCUCUCAGUGCGUCGGAAAGACGUUCAAACGUACCAGAAUAGACUCGCAUUCAUCUGGGGUAAAAAGUUUGGUGGAGGUGAUAUAAAUGCCCAAGUUGGGGCAGGUGGAUUUGUUGGAAUAGCCAACAGCGGUGACUACAAGCUAUUUGGAAAUGCCGUAGCUAGAGCUAACUUCUACGAUCGCUCACUUACCAUCCUGCAGUUUUUGAUCCUGCGUGAGAAGGACUCCAGCUCAACGGAGAGUUGGUUUUAUGCCGUCGUAAUGGGGAACACUCUGAGGAACAUUCGGCUAUCCGAAGACGCCAGUGUUUGCAAAACUCUCGAUCACUCGCUCCACGAAGGAAAAGAGUACACUAUUUUCGACUUUACAUUCAGCAUCUUUGUGGUGGUUGGCACCCUCAACUUUAACCUCAAGGCAACGAUACAGUUUACGUCUGGGAUGUACAUAGAGUUUUGUGAGAACCACGGAAGUCUGAGUGUUGGUGCUGGACUCAAACCUACCCUGACUAUAAAGGUUUCGGCCGGUGGUGACCUGGAGAUUUUAUGGGUGGCCAAAGCCGGUCUCACACUGACGGCGACAUUCAACUACCAAGUUUUGCCAGAAGUCUCCAGCGAGCUGUGCUACAAAGAGUCACAGAUAAGAGUGAAGAACUGCAUCGGAGUCUACCACCAGUGGGCAGACAAUACACUCGAGCUGUACGCGUGGUAUGCCUGGAGAGGACGGUGCGGUUGGUGGGUCUGCACUGGUAGGGAUGCUUACAAGAAUAGGAAAAAGAUAAGUGCUCUCUCUAUCUCAUGGGAUCUUCCCGGAUCAGACAAACUGACCCUGUGGAAGACCUGCGACCAGCAACAUGAAUGCUAAGCACAGAGGGAAAAGACGUGACAUUACAUUGCGUCUAUUGUAGAAGUAGAAAGAUAGUCAGGAUAGGUUUUGUAAGAGAUUUUUCUCAAUACUCGACAUGAUAUUGAUCAUAACACGUCAGAUAAA